GGCAGCCUGAUAUCAUGUCUUGCGCAGCCUCUCAUUGACAUAUCAGUACGUACCACUUCACUAGUCUGAAUGCGCCUCAUGCGUCUGGCCGGGGCAGACUCCUGCCAGUUCAGCGAUUUAUCAUUGCCCAACUCCAGUCUCUGAGAACGUGUUCUCCAGCAGAAAAUAACCAUCCCAAACGUUCCUUUCUCUCUCUACUACUACUUUGCGCCGCCGACUUCCGCUCUAAUCGGAAGGUGAAAUAGGAACAAGAGGAACUGGUAUUCCAUCGUCGUUUGUUCGAUUUAAUCUUUGAAUACAAACCAGUCCGGUCGCCAUGGCUUAUUUUCUUUAUCUUCUUUCUUUCUGCGUUAUCAUCUGUGGUACAGCGCUUUACCUCACUCGGUCUCGAUGGCUACCGCUACUCCCAGUCCCCGAUUACAUCUAUCAGCACCUUCCCUCUAGCUUCACCGGUGAUCUAGAAGCCGGUCUCUCGUCGUCACAGUUCGACAUCACAGCUAAUGUUGCAGACGGCGACCUGAGAGCGGGACUGGACGAGGCUGGAAAGCUCGAAGUCAAGAGGAUCAUGAAAAGCCAGAAAGUUGACUUCGAUGAAGCUCGUCGGUUAUAUACCCAGCAGCGAUUUGCCAAACACAACAUCGGUCCUGACGGCCGGCCCAGGGAUCCGAAGUUCGUUUCAUUUUCAUAACCAUUCUCUCUUUGGUGCAAUUAUAGUUGCUCUGUAGAUUUUCAUUCGUUUAGCUUGUGCAUCUGCCGUUUCCUUUCCUUUCGUUUUUCUUUUCUUUUCUUUUUUCUUUUUGGCAACCAUUACUCUAUGCCAUCACAUGCAUUCGCUCUCCUGUAUCUUUUGAGGUCGAAAGAAAUAUUCCAAAAUUCAGGUC